UAAAACUUGUCCAGCUUGUCUGGUUGUCAUUUGUCGUUGUCGGCGACUCGCAAUUCGGCGUUUCGCACACCAAUUGAUUUUUCGCAUUUCCUGGUGGUAUAUUUCCAUUUGGUGAUUGGGUUGCUGAAAAAUCAAAAAUAAGAUAAUUGACUGGUAAACCUAGUUCCAUCAUGGAUGUAAAGUCAUUUUUGCAUUCUUGGACGGCCAAAAAGGGCUUGACCCCGAACUUCGAUGUUAGAGCUACAGGUCCAAAACAUCGUCAGCGUUUUCUUUGCGAAGUACGAGUUGACGGCUUUAAUUAUGUCGGAGCUGGUAACUCUAUGACGAAGAAAGAGGCUCAAAUGAAUGCCUCUCGGGAUUUCGUCAACUAUUUAGUGAGAUCUGGUGACGUUGCUGCGAAGGAUGUGCCAGAAGACGUCAAGAAGGUCGAGCAGGAGAAACCGGAACCAGCAACUGACAAUGGAAGUCUGCAACAGCAGUAUCAAAAACCUGUCUUUCAGGACGGAAUGGGCCCAGAGAGCAUGGGACCUGCUUACCAUGCUUAUGGUGGGCAAGACCAAAACUUCACUUACAUGGACCGGCUGCAACAACAGAAGAAUGUGGAAGAAGCUGAAGACCUGGAUGUAAAUGCCAGUCUUCACGGCAACUGGACCAUGGAGAAUGCUAAAUCAAAGCUUCAUCAGUUCAUGCAGCUGAAUAAAAUCAAUGCAGAUUACAUUUACAAGGCUAUGGGCCCUGAUCAUACACGGAGCUUCGCAUGUGAAAUGACUAUCUACGUGCGUCAAUUGGGACGCAACGUGACGGGACGCGAGUCGGCGUCCAACAAGCAGACCGCCAGCAAGUCGUGUGCGUUGUCGUUAGUACGGCAAUUGUACCAUCUCGGUGUGAUUGAGGCAUACAGCGGCACUCUGAAGAAGGACCGGACAGCGGAAGGUCUAAUGAAACCAUAUCCAGUUGCCCUUGACCCAGAACUGGAACAAAAAAUUGAAGAAACUUUACAAGACCUAGAAAUAGAACCGGUAGACGUCGAGACAGCCAAACCAGACGCAGACAGGGAAGAUGGCAAGUCGGUGGUGACCAUCCUCCAGCUGGACCGCGUGAAGGCGAUGCGCGAAGCGAGACCAGCGCCCUCUGGCGUCGUGUCGUGGUCGCCGCCGCAGGUCAACUGGAACGCCUGGAAUGGCUGCAAUAUUGAUGAAGGGCCACUGGCGACAGCGAGCUUGGAUGAAAUCAGUUUGGACUUAGAGAAACACCAGAGGGAAGCCUAUCAAAAUAGCACGCUGUACCAGGACAGUCUACGCGAACGGGAACAAUUGCCAGUAUACACCAUGAGGUCUGAGAUCAUGCAGGCCAUCAACGACAAUUCUGUGGUCAUCAUCAGGGGGAACACGGGCUGCGGGAAGACCACACAGGUGUGCCAAUUCAUCUUGGACGACUACAUAGCGAGUGGGCAAGGCGCUUGGGCCAACGUGUGUGUGACUCAACCUCGGAGGAUCUCAGCUGUCAGUGUGGCUGAGAGAGUGGCCAACGAGCGAUGCGAAGAGUUGGGGAAUAGCUGCGGAUACUCGGUGCGCUUCGAAUCUGUUCUGCCUCGUCCGUACGGCUCAAUCCUGUUCUGCACGGUCGGUGUACUGCUCCGGAAACUGGAAGGGGGCCUGCGAGGUGUCAGCCAUGUGUUAGUGGAUGAAGUACACGAACGCGACGCAGACACGGACUUCGCACUGAUCCUCCUCCGCGACAUGGUGCACACCUACCCCGAGCUGAGGGUCAUACUGAUGUCGGCCACGGUCGACACCACUCUCUUCUCCCAGUACUUCGGAGACUGCCCCGUUAUUGAGGUACCCGGUCGCACAUUCCCAGUGAAACAGUACUUUUUGGAGGACUGUAUAGAACUGACCAAGUUCAUGCCCCCACCAGACACGAGGAAACGGAAGUCUACGGGCAAGAAGGCGAGCAAGGACAACGAUGAUGAUGAUGACGAGGAAGGUUUGGAGGAACAAGACGAGGACAUGAAUAAGACCUGCCAGCUGGACCAUAAUUAUUCGCCGCAGACAGCACACGCUUUGUCACAACUCUCUGAGAAAGAUCUAAGCUUCGAACUAAUAGAAGCUAUACUUAUAUACAUCGACUCCUUAAAAAGCGACGGUGCCGUAUUAAUAUUUCUUCCCGGCUGGAACUUGAUCUUCGCGUUGAUGAAGCAUCUGAACAACAACAGGAUCUUCGGAGACACGUCAAGAUACGUGAUACUGCCUUUACACAGCCAGAUACCAAGGGAUGAUCAGAAAAAGGUGUUUUUAACGCCGCCACCCGGAAUAAUAAAGGUGAUCCUGUCAACGAACAUAGCGGAGACGUCGAUCACGAUCAACGACGUGGUGUACGUGAUCGACUCGUGCAAAGCCAAGAUGAAGCUGUUCACGUCCCACAACAACAUGACCUCGUACGCCACCGUGUGGGCCAGCAGGACUAACCUCGAACAGCGCAAAGGACGCGCAGGCCGCGUGCGGCCCGGCGUGUGCUUCACUCUGUGCUGCAAGGCGCGCUACGACCGCCUCGAGCAACACCAGACUGCCGAGAUGUUCCGCACGCCUCUACACGAGCUGGCUCUCAGCAUCAAGCUCCUCCGCCUGGGCAGUAUCGGUCACUUCCUGUCAAAGGCGCCCGAGCCUCCACCGCUAGACGCCGUCAUCGAGGCCGAAGCCUUACUGCGAGAACUCGGCUGUUUGGAUGCUCAAAAUGGCGACGCGCUAACUCCAUUAGGGACUAUACUUGCUAAACUACCUAUUGAACCACGCCUCGGCAAGAUGAUGGUGCUGGGCUUCGUGCUGGGCGUGGGCGACGCGCUGACCACAAUGGCGGCCAACUCCACCACGUUCCCGGAGAUCUUCGCGCUGGAGGGCCGCCGCCGGCUCAGCGGCCACCAGCGCGCGCUGGCCGGCGACCGCGCCUCCGACCACGUCGCCAUGCUCAACGCUUUCCAGAUGUGGGAGAGAGAGCAGGCUAAAGGCGAGGAUGCGGAAAUUCAGUGGUGCGAAUGGAAGGGUGUACAGCAUACUACAUUGAGAGUCACGUACGAAGCCAAAUAUCAGUUGAUAAACAUCCUGACGACCUCGAUAGGGUUCUCGGAGGAGUGCUGCGCGCCGCAGCGCUGGAACCCGAACGGCGCGUGCCCCGUGCUGGACACCGUCAUCGCGCUCAUGUGCAUGGGGCUCUACCCCAACGUGUGUCUGCACCAGGGCAAGCGGAAGGUGCUAACAACAGAAGGAAAGCCAGCUUUAAUCCACAAAACGUCAGUGAACUGCAGCAAUCAAGAGCAGAAGUUCCCGUCGCCGUUGUUCGUGUUCGGCGAGAAGGUGCGCACGCGCGCCAUCAGCUGCAAGCAGACCACCAUGGUGGCGCCGCUGCAUCUGCUGCUGUUUGGGUGCAGGAAGGUGGAGUGGGUCGACAACAUGGUCCGCCUAGACAACUGGCUGAACUUCGAGAUGUCUCCUCGCUCGGCCGCGUUAGUGGUGGCGUUACGUCCCGCGCUGGAGAAGCUGGUGGAGAGGGCCGCGGCACAACCUGAUGCUGCUCUUCAUUUCUCACCCACCGAGCAGAAGGUCCUCCACUGCAUAAAGGAACUGUGCGUGAUAGACGCCGGCGACUAUAACAUACGCCGCGACGUCUCUACUCCCUCCUUCAGAUCCGACGGGCCCAAACGGGGCAUGCGGGGGUGGGGUACCUCAGGGCCUCGUAGCAGCUUCGAAGGAAAUCGUGGCGGAUUUGGCAGAAGUGGUUUUGGUGGCAAUCAAGGUGGUUUCGGCGGUAAUCAAGGUGGAUAUGGCGGUAAUCAAGGUGGAUAUGGCAGUAAUCAAGGUGGAUAUGGCAGUAAUCAAGGUGGAUAUGGCAGUAAUCAAGGCGGAUUUGGCGGUAAUCAAGGCGGAUUUGGCGGUAAUCAAGGCGGCUUCGGCGGUAGCAAUGGCGGUUUUGGCGGCAACCAAGGCGGUCUUCAAGGCGGUUAUGGCGGUAACCGAAGCGGAUCCGCCGGGAAUAGGGGGGGCGGUAGGAGAGGUAAGGUGCGCGGUGGGUGGCGUAAUUUAGAUUGGUGGUAAAACAUUCCUUAGAUGUGUAAUUUGUGUGUUGUCAUAGACCAAAGGUCCAAUAUUGUGUGAUG